CUCUUCUCCGACUCCGAGGACUCCUACUUCUCCUUCUCCGCCUCCUCUUUCUUCUCUACGCGGUAGCGAUCGAAGUAGAAAUCGGAGGAUAAGCGAGACGACUGCGCGAUAGAGCUUUGAUCGGAUUCGUUCUCGCUCUUCUAUUCACUAGAAGAUCCGGUCUCUUUUGGAGAUCGGAUUGAGGUCUUAGCUGUUUGACAUGGCAUCAGCAGCUGGCGCAACGGGAUGGCUGAGAGGGAGAGUGAAAGCUGUUCCUUCUGGGGAUUGCCUGUUGAUCAUGGGAAGCACAAAAGCUGAGAUUCCACCCGAAAAGACAAUAACUUUAUCUUCUCUCAUUGCUCCUAGAUUGGCCCGUCGAGGUGGAGUUGAUGAACCCUUUGCAUGGGACAGCAGGGAGUAUUUAAGGAAGCUCUGCAUAGGAAAGGAGGUCACCUUCAAGGUGGAUUACACAGUUCCAUCAAUAGGGCGAGAGUUCGGUUCUGUUUUUCUUGGAGAUAAGAAUGUUGCAUUUUUAGUUGUUUCUGAAGGAUGGGUGAAGGUAAGGGAGCAGGGCCAGCAGAAAGGCGAAGCAAGCCCCUACUUUUCAGAACUGCAGCGAUUGGAGGAGCAAGCUAAGCAACAGGGUUUAGGUCGUUGGAGCAAGGUACCUGGUGCUUCCGAGGCAUCAAUUAGAAACCUACCUCCUUCGGCCGUUGGGGAUCCUGGCAAUCUGGAUGCAAUGGGGUUGCUGGCUGCAAACAAAGGCAGACCCAUGCAAGGCAUUGUUGAGCAGGUUCGUGAUGGUAGCACUGUGCGUGUCCACCUACUCCCAGGGUUCCAAUUUGUUCAAGUUUUUGUUGCAGGAAUCCAGGCUCCUUCCAUGGGAAGACGGGCUGUGAAUGAUGUCAUUCCUGAAACUGAAGUUACUACAGAUGAUGCAAAUGGAGAAGUUUCUAAUGAAACUCGAUCGCCACUAACAUCGGCACAGAGGCUUGCUGCCUCUUCAGCAUCAUAUACUGAAGUUGCACCAGAUCCAUUUGGGAGGGAAGCCAAACACUUCACAGAGAUUCGUGUUUUAAAUAGAGAUGUAAGGAUUGUGCUAGAGGGUGUAGACAAGUUCAGCAACCUAAUUGGUUCAGUAUAUUAUCCUGAUGGUGACACUGCCAAGGACCUUGCUCUGGAGCUUGUGCAAAAUGGUUUAGCUAAAUUUGUGGAAUGGAGUGCUAACAUGAUGGAGGAUGAUGCCAAACGGAAGCUGAAGGCUGCUGAGCUUCAAGCAAAAAAGGAACGCUUGAGAAUCUGGACCAACUAUGUGCCCCCAGCAUCAAACUCAAAGGCAAUCCAUGGUCAGAACUUCACAGGAAAAGUGGUAGAGGUUGUGAGUGGGGACUGCAUUAUUGUUGCUGAUGAUGCUGCCCCCUAUGGCAGUCCUUCAGCUGAGCGACGAGUCAAUCUUUCAAGCAUCAGAGCCCCUAAGAUGGGGAAUCCUCGCAGGAAUGAAAAGCCAGCACCUUAUGCCCGUGAGGCUAGGGAAUUCUUGCGUUCUCGUCUUAUAGACCGCCAAGUGAAUGUUUCAAUGGAAUAUUCAAGGAAGGUCAACCUGGCUGAUGGACCCAAUCCAGCAGCCGUAUCUGGUUCAGCAGAUGCUAGAGUUAUGGAUUUUGGGUCGGUCUUCCUCCUCUCUCCAUCAAAGGCUGAGGGUGAUGAUACCUCUUCCGCCCUGUCUUCUAGCAACCAAUCGGCAGGGAUAAAUGUUGGCGAGAUGGUUGUUUCACGUGGUUUUGGCACUGUCAUCAGACACCGAGAUUUUGAGGAAAGGUCAAAUUAUUAUGAUGCUCUGCUGGCAGCUGAAUCACGUGCCAUCAAUGGAAAGAAAGGAAUUCAUUCUGCCAAGGAUCCUCCAGUGAUGCACAUAACAGAUCUGACAAUGGCUUCAGCAAAAAAAGCUAGAGAUUUCUUGCCGUUUCUGCAAAGAAGUGGAAGGCUUGCUGCUGUUGUUGAAUAUGUCCUCAGUGGCCACCGAUUUAAGUUACUGAUACCUAAAGAAACGUGUAGCAUUGCCUUCUCCUUUUCUGGUGUUAGGUGCCCUGGCCGAGAUGAGCCUUUUUCAGAUGAAGCUAUUGCAUUAAUGAGGAGGAAGAUAUUGCAGCGUGAUGUCGAGAUAGAGAUAGAAGCAGUUGAUAGGGCAGGCACAUUCUUAGGCUCCUUAUGGGAGUCUAGGACCAAUGUGGCUACAAUUCUCCUUGAAGCUGGACUGGCGAAGUUCCAAACUUCUUUUGGUUCUGAUAGGAUCCCAGAUGCCAACCUCCUUGCUCAGGCUGAGCAGUCUGCAAAGCGACAGAAGCUGAAAAUAUGGGAGAACUAUGUCGAAGGACAAGAAGUUGCUAAUGGUUCCACAUCUGAAGCAAAACAGAAGGAAGUGCUCAAGGUGGUGGUUACUGAAGUGCUGGGUGGUGGAAGAUUCUAUGUCCAAACAGUUGGCGAUCAGAAGGUGGCUGCUAUACAACAACAACUUGCUUCAUUGAACCUCCAAGAACCUCCAAUAGUUGGUUCCUUUAAUCCCGUGAAGGGUGACAUCGUUCUUGCUCAGUUCAGUGUAGAUAACUCCUGGAACAGAGCUAUGAUUGUCAAUGGACCACGAGGAACUGUUGAAUCACCAAAGGACAAGUUUGAGGUCUUCUAUAUUGAUUAUGGAAACCAAGAAAUGGUUCCAUAUAGUCGCUUGCGACCUCUGGAUCCUGCAGUCUCCUCAGCACCUGGUUUGGCUCAGUUGUGCAACCUUGCAUACAUUAAAGUCCCUAAUUUAGAGGAUGAUUUUGGUCAGGAGGCUGCAGAGUAUUUGAGUGAGUGCACCCUGGACAGUUCAAAAGAAUUUAGGGCUAUGGUCGAGGAAAGAGAUACUUCAGGUGGGAAAGUAAGGGGACAAGGAACUGGAACUGUCCUUUUCGUGACUUUGGUUGAUGUGGAAGCUGGAUCCAGUAUCAAUGCUGCCGUGCUGCAGGAAGGACUUGCUAAACUAGAAAGAAGGAAGAGGUGGGACACUAAGGAAAGACAAGCUGCUCUUGACAACCUGGAAGAGUUCCAAGCUAAAGCAAAGCGUGAGAGGCUGAGGAUGUGGCAGUAUGGGGAUGUUCAGUCUGAUGAUGAAGAGUCAGCUCCACCUCCAAGAAAAGCUGGAGGUCGUCAUUAGAUAGAGGUUGCCAUAACUGGUGAUGGUGCGAAUUGGAGAUAUAGCGUGAAUUUUGGUUGUUAGAGCUUUACUGGGAGAGCUACUUUUACCUCUACUGGAGAAUUUUGGAUGUUUCCCUUUUAAACUUCAAGCGACAUUGUUUUUUCCCAUCUUUAAAUAAGGCAAUCCCCAUUCUAUAAUCCAUCUCCUGUUGGUGACUGCAGAUACAGUUCAUAAUUAAUGAAUGCAGGUGUUUUGUGCACCCUCAAACUUAUUUA